AUGCAACUGCGAGUGAAGGGUCCGAACGGCUCAAUCCGAGCACGAGGCCUACUCGAUUCGGGAGCUAUGACUACCAUCCUCACCAAUAAGUGUGCGGAUGCGAUAGGCGUGACACGCCGUCCUGGAACCAGUCACAUUGAAGGAAUCGACGGCAUGCGCGGUAGCACUUGCGCUGAAGCAGUAGUCACUCUGACAUCUCCGAGUCACCAGGUGAUUAGCAAGAAUCACACGGUGUUAUUGAUCGACUCUAUCACCACUAACGUACCACCCGUACCCAUCUCAACCGCCGUUAGGCGCCGACUGGCUGAUCUCCCUCUUGCCGACCCCGACUUCGAUCGCCCAGGUCCUAUCGACAUUUUGAUUGGGGCAGAUCUUUACGCCAGGAUUGUUACCGGACCCGCGACCUCUCUAGGUCCUUCUAUGCCAUCAGCUUUUGAGACAAAUGGCUAUGGCUACAUCAUCUUAGGUGCCGCUCCUUCCCAGACGGCUACCCUUGCUGCGCUCACCACCGGGACUGAUGAGCCAGUAUCCGAAGUGCACAAGACCAUCCAAAGGUUUUGGCAGCUUGAAGAAGUUCGACCCCCGAAUAUCGAGCCCACUCCUGAGGACCCGGCAGAACUUCUUUUUCAGCAGACUACACGACGCGACGCGUCCGGUCGCUUCUAUGUACGGCUUCCUUUUGCCCGCUCCCCUGACGCCCUGGGCAAUUCUCGCGAUCAGGCUUUGCAGCGUUUCAGGGCUCUGGAACGAAGAUUCCGGUCUGAUCCAAAUCACCGUGACCUCUACGUCAAGUUCAUGGAGCAAUACGAAGCUGACGGCUUCAUGAGUCCAGCUCCUCCGGACGCUCUCAUCAACCCNCACUACUUCUUGCCACAUCAUGGCGUG